AUGCGUAAGAGAGUAGUGGUUGCUGAUUACAAAUCUGCUUAUGGAGAUCCGGUUGUGAAAAUAAGAUUGGAGGAGUUAGAGCGGUUUGUAGUAACAGUAUACACACGAGAGGUCUUUGUCUUAUUUCGGGAGGUGUUAUUACUUGCUAGCAAUGUCAGAGUAGUUUCUUCGAAGAAGACAAGCACGUGUACAUUGUUUGAGGUGGCCAUGUAUUGCCAAGGUAGAUCAUGGAACAUUUCUUGGGGGGAGAUGGAUGAUGAAUUCAGAUGCUCUUGCCUGCGCAUGGAAUCCUUUGGAAUCCCUUGUGUCCACAUAAUUGGUGUGCUUGUUAGACUUAACAUGAUUGUUAUUCCAGAUAGUCUUAUAUUGGGUCGUUGGACAAAGAAGGCAAAACAAUCACCUAUAAAUAACUAUGUUUUUAGUGGAGAGAUUCCUGAUGCAGCAUAUAUGAGUAUGCAUGCGGCAAUGCUCGAUGACUGUAGAGAACUAGUAAAGCUUUCUUGUAGUUACUUUGAGGAUUACUUCGAGGUGAAGACCAAAAUAGCUAAUGAAUGA